AUGAACUGCAGAGUGAACGUGACCAAAGUUGCUCGGGCUCGCUGUGCUGGCGGAGGAGGCCGAGCGCAGGCAGAGCACCGACGCCGCCGCCCGAGGGCCGCCACGGGGCCCGUUAUACACAGCCUAGCUUGCGGAGGGCCUGCGGCACCCUACACACAGCGGAAGUCCCGGCGCCGGGCCCGCAGUGGCUCCCGUGCAUCGCCAGCCCCCGUCCCGUCUCCUGUCCCGUCCCGAUUGUCUGUCUGUCGCUCCGGGCUCGCCUCCCGCCUCGGCCCGCGCUGCAGGCAGCUGUCCGCUAGGCUGCGCUGUCCCCCGCCCAGCGGGGCGCUCUGGCGCGGCGCUCACGCUCGACUGCCCGGCGGGGGUGGGGCCUCUCCGCGCAGGCGCCGUGCGCCGCCCGCCGCCGCGGCCUGUGUCCGCUCCGCGCUCCGCCAUGUACCCGGCCUGGGGCUUCAGCAGCCGCCGGUGCCACCGGUGCCGCCGCCGGUCCGCAGCUACCAGAAGCAGUACGCCCACCGUGAGCCACCGCCUCGCAAGCCGCCCCCCGCGGCCCGGGACCGCGACGGGCCGGAGCCGCCGGGCGGGCACGGCGACUGGGGCGAGCCGGUGCCCGCCGAGCCGGUGCCCAUGGACAUGGAGCUGUCCUCGCCGCCGCAGUCCCCGCAGACCGCCCAGUCCCCGCCGCUCCAGCCCUACCUGUCCCGGGCGCAGCCCUCCCAGCCGCCCCCCUCCUUUUCCGAGCCGCCGCCCUCCUACCUGGAGCCCCCGACGGCCACCGCCUCCCAGCCCUACCUGCCGCCUCCUGCCCAGGGCUACAUGGCACAUCCCCAGCCCUACCUGCUCUCCUCCCAGGCCUCUCCCUCCCAGCCCGCCCUGGCCCCCUCCAUCCCUCCCCCGGUCAAGCCGUCGCAGGCUCAUUUCCCCCCGCCCCAGGCGUCCUUGCCCCCGCCCGCCGCUGCCCAGCCGGAGGCCGCGCAAGGUGCCGCCAAGGAGGGCGGUGGCACGGAGCAGCCGGACCCCUCCACCAUGACUCCCCAGGAACAGCAGCAAUACUGGUACCAGCAGCACCUGCUUAGCCUGCAGCAAAGGGCAAAAGCCCAUGCUCAGGGACAGCAGCAGAUGAAAAGUCCAGUAGUGAAGGACUCUGAAGAAGAGAAAAUGAGUGUUUCAACUCAGCAGUCUGAACCUCCUCCUCUUAAUGAAUCCCUGCCUCCAGCAUCCAAAGAAGAUGAGUCUUCUCUUACAUCCACUGAAACUCAGCUCAAUAUUGAACCUCCUGAUGACCCUGAGGAGGAUUUGAGAUUGCAGCAAUUGCAAGCAGCAGCAGCUCAAUGGCAGCAGCACCCCCAUCAGCGGGUUGGGUUCCAGUAUCAGAGAAUAAUGCAGAAGCACGCUCAGCUGCAACAGAUAGUACAGCAGUAUCAACAGAUCAUGCAACAGCCUCCACACUUAGAGACAAUGUCAGUGGACAUGCAGCUGCGACAUUAUGAGGCACAGCAAAAACAGUUCCAGCAGCUUCAUAAAGACUGGGAGCGAUCAAUGAACCAGCAGUGGCAGCAUCAGCUUCAAACCUACCCUCACAAAGACCAGCUUCAAGAGUAUGAGAAGCAGUGGAAAGCAUGGGAUGAACAGAUGAAGGUUACUCAGUCACAUCUGCAGGAAAAAGUGACGUCGCUCCAAAAUCUGAAGAAUCAAUAUCCUGCAAAUGUUUCACUGCCACCUCCAUUUAUUCCAUAUUCCCAAACUGGUCAAGGUGGCAUUCCUAUUAUGCCUCCAACUUUACCUUCAACCACACCUCCACUGGUCCCCCCGCCUCUCUCUUCUGUUUCUCAGUUAUCCAAUUCCUCUGUCCCUUCAGGAUCCAGUUCUCAAAGCAGUCAAGCUACUGAAACACCAAGGCCAGCUCUCCUUCCCACCCCUGGUACCUAUGCAUCAAAAAUAGCUAGUUCAGCUAGCUAUUCACCUUACCAUUCUCAAGUAGGUUCAUCCUUUGGCUCAUCUGAUCAUGGAAAGUCUCAAGGUCAUCUUAGUAAACAAACUGUAAAUAUCUCAUCCGAACAACAGUGUGGGGAACUGAAAGGCACUUCUGCAGUGUCUUCGACACACACGCCUAUUGUGCAGGAUAAACCGGUGAGGUCAGGUGGAUUGCUUCCAGAUCCUCCCAGAUCAGCGCGUUUUGAAGGCCCUAGAGGCCCUAGAUUUGAUGGACCUCGAGGAAGAGGAUAUGACAAAUUUGAAGGCUCAAGACAGAGAGGACCUCGUUUUGACUCCCAGCGCUCAGAAGGAUACAGGUCACGUUUUGACCGACAGAAUACAGAUGGACAGUCUUCAAGUAGAUGGGGCUCUAUCCCACGAGGACCAGCAGGACAAUUUUAUACAACGAAUGCAUCACACGGACACGGUUCCCGACCUAGUGGUCCACGGUGGAUGGGGCCCAGGCCUCAUUUGGGACAGCAGCAGCAGCAGACACAGGUAGAAUCACAGUCAGAAAGCAAAGAACCUUUUACAGACACAGCUGGUGAUCAACAGUCUGUAAGCAGAACUGAGUCAGCUCCUGACGCACAGAGUGCAGGUCCCAUUGAGCCAAAUGAGGACCUGACGGACACUCAACAGGAGCCAUCCAAACCUGAAGUCAAAGAACCUAGUUCAGACCCUCCUAAAAAGUGGACAUGGAGUUCACAUGAUCCCAACCAGCAAGUAGAAGAGUCCAAGGCACCCACCCCACCUAUUCAGAACCAGGAUGCAGUAGCCCCUGCAACAGGAAAUCAGGAUUUGGAUUCUUCAGAUGGCCAGUUGACUGCUUCAGAUAGUACUGAGGGCCUGCCUGGACCAGAAAGCAGAGGAAAAGGGCCAUUCAUGCAUGAAGACAGAGGAAAGGGACCAGGAGGCAGAGGAAGGGGCCGUGGCAGAGGGCAGGGGGAUGGCCGCGGCUGGGGAAUGGGCCGUGGCCGGGGAAUGGGAAGGAUGGAUGGUGGCCGGGGAAUGGGAAGGAUGGACGGUGGUUGGGGAAUGGGCAGGAUGGAUGAUGGCCAUGGCUGGGGCAUGGGCAGGAUGGACGAUGGCCAUGGUAGAGGAUAUGUAUACAGAGGCAGAGGGCAGGCUAGGCAGGCAUCCAUCCGUGGCAGAGGAGUGUUCAGGAGAGCAGGCAGCAGGGAAAGGAUACCGGAUAGACGGUCAGGCAGCAGGGAGAGGAUGCCAGAUGGACAGUCAGGCAGCCGAGACAGGGGGCUGGGACGGUCAGAUAGCCAUGAGAGGGUAUUCUCUAACCGAGACAGAGAGCCGCCUGGACGGACAGGCGGCUGGGAUAGGGGACGGGCAGGAAGCCGGGAGAGAGGACCGGUCAGACGGGCCUCUAGCCGGGAAAGAGAGCCCAUGCGGCGGGCAGGUAGCCGGGAGAGGGUCCCCGUCAGGCGGGCAGGUAGCCGGGAGAGGGUCCCCAUCAGGCGGGCAGGUAGCCGGGAGAGGGACCUGGUCAGGCGGGCAGGUAGCCGGGAGAGGUGUCCCAUCAGAAGGGGAGAUAGCCAUGAGAGGGAAGCAGGAAGAUCUGAAACAGGCAAUAUGGGUAAACCCAUUCACCUGGGAGAUGACUCUGACAAAUUGCCUCCAUACCAUCGAGAUGAAACAUUCAGGGGUUCUUGGGGUCAUGAAGAUGAUACAAUGCAGGAGGAAUUUCCUUUAGAUAGUCAAGAUGACCCGUCUUUGGAGCAUGAGCAAUUGGAUGAGUGGGAAAGAGAUCAAUACUGGAGAGAUCACAACUCUGAUUAUCAGGAUGAUUCUGUACAUGCGUAUGACAGAGAUGACAGGUUGCAAUCCCACCAUUCACUGCCUCCGUUGUCUCCCCUACCACCACUACCUCCUUUAUCGUCUGAUCACGACAGACGAGAUUCAUGGUGGGAUGACUGGAAAAGGCCAAGAGAAAGGGAACUAGAGAGAGAUCUAGAUAGAACUGGAAGAUCCUCAGAUAUUUAUGAUCAAGAUUUAGACAAAGAAUGGGAUAGAGACUGGGACAGGAGACCUAUGGAUGACAGAGAAAUGGGGAAUCGUGACCUGGAUAUCCCCCCUCUACCACCAUUACCACCCCUUCCACCUCUGGACAGGUAUCGUGAAGAUAGGUGGAGGGACGAUAGGAACAGAGAUCAUUAUGACAGAGAUCUCCGAGACAGGGGGGAGCUCAGGAUUCGAGAAUAUCCGGAGAGAUACGACACAUGGCGGGAGAAGCAAGACUACCUUCCUGAAAGGACUGACUGGGAGAGGGAACGGUUGUCGGAUAGGUGGUAUCCAGAUGAUGGAGAGAGACUGCGGACUUUGGAUGACCACUCAGAUUCAUCCCUUCCUCCCCCUUCACAUUCCUCUGAUAUGCUGGGAGCAGAUUCAAACCUGGACUCUGACCAGUCCUUGGGAGGAGUGAUGGUCCUAAGCCAAAGACAGCAUGAGAUAAUUCUGAAGGCUGCCCAGGAGCUCAAAAUGCUUCGGGAGCAAAAAGAACAGCUACAGAAGUUGAAGGAGUUCAAACCUGACAUUUCCACCCAAGAGUCUCCAAGAUCACAAAACACAAGCACAAGGCCGGGUGCCUUUCAGGAACGCUGGGAUGAGGACUCAUUCCAUGGACUGUGGGACACAAAUGAGGAUAAAGGUGCAAAUAUGGAGUACGAGUUGUGUAAGCAGGAGUCGAUGAUGCCUCCACCUGUCUCCUCGCCUGUGAAAGUACCUGCCGUCCACACCUCCAUUCCAUCAGCUGUACCAGUGUCCCUUUCUCCCGUUAUUCCAGCAGUUCCUAAAGCACCCAUCAUUCAGCAAACGGUGGAUUAUGGCCACGGGCGAGAUAUAACCACGAGUAAAGUGGAACAGAUUCCAUAUGGAGAGAGGGUAACCCUUCGUCCAGAGCCUCUGCCGGACAGGCAAACAUUUCAAAAAGAGCAUCCAGGUCGCUACAACAGAGAAAGAGAUCGUGAGCCUUAUUUUGAGCGUCAAGGUAAUUCCAACACAGAUCAUCGGGAUUUCAAGAGAGAGCGGGAACUGCACAGAGACCGAGGUUCUGUGGACUAUGAACGAGAGAGAUUUGAAAAGGAGCGGCAUCCCCGCGAUGAUAGGGUUCUUCCUACCACACCUUCAAGAACUCAGUCUUACCGUGACAAGAAAGACCAUCCAUCCUCCAGGCGGGGUGGUUUUGAGCGACCACCAUAUGAACGAAAGACAGAUCGUCCAGCAUAUGAUCAUGGGCCUUCCAUGUUUGGAGGUGAUCGUAGAAAUUACCCUGAGGAAAGGAUUCCUAUUUCUGCUCCAUCAAUGCCUCGUCAGCCACCACCUGCUCCACGAGUAGAAAGGAAGCCAGAAUCUAAAAAUGUAGAUGAUAUUUUAAAGCCACCAGGACGGGAUAGCAGGCCAGAGAGGAUUGUGAUCAUCAUGAGAGGGUUACCUGGCAGUGGAAAGACACAUGUAGCAAAACUCAUCAGGGAUAAGGAAGUAGAAUGUGGAGGACCUGCACCAAGAGUGCUCAGCCUGGAUGACUACUUUAUUACUGAAGUGGAGAAAGAGGAGAGAGACCCAGAUACAGGGAAAAAAGUUAAAAAGAAGGUGAUGGAGUACGAAUAUGAGGCUGAUAUGGAGGAGACCUAUCGUACCAGCAUGUUUAAAACUUUUAAAAAGACCUUGGACGACGGCUUCUUUCCCUUCAUUAUCCUUGAUGCUAUCAAUGAUAGAGUGCGACACUUUGAACAGUUUUGGAGUGCUGCAAAAACAAAGGGCUUUGAGGUCUACUUAGCUGAAAUGAGUGCAGAUAACCAGACGUGUUCCAAGAGGAAUAUCCAUGGGCGCAAGCUAAAGGAUAUCAGCAGGAUGUCUGAUCACUGGGAGGCAGCACCACGCCACAUGAUGCGCCUGGACAUUCGUUCUCUGUUGCAGGAUGCUGCUAUAGAAGAGGUGGAGAUGGAGGAUUUUGAUGCAAAUAUUGAAGACCAGAAAGAGGAAGUCAAGAAGGACACAGCAGAGGAAGAAGAAAGUGAACUGGGUUACAUUCCGAAAAGCAAAUGGGAGAUGGACACUUCUGAGGCAAAGCUAGACAAGCUGGACGGUUUGCGGACUGGCACUAAAAGAAAACGUGACUGGGAAGCAAUUGCCAGCAGAAUAGAAGAUUAUCUGCAGCUUCCAGAUGACUAUGAUACACGUGCUUCUGAACCUGGAAAGAAAAGGGUGCGAUGGGCAGAUCUAGAAGAAAAAAAAGAUGCUGACAGGAAAAGGGCCAUCGGUUUUGUUGUUGGACAAACCGACUGGGAGAAGAUAACAGAUGAAAGUGGGCACCUUGCCGAGAGAGCCCUCAACCGCACCAAGUAUAUAUGAAAAAGUGGUUAAGUGGAUUUUUGUGCCUUUAAGGCCAUUUGCUCUGCGGAGAACUGAACCAAGGUGUCAUGAGCAUCUUGCAUGGGUCAUGUCACUCCCACCUUCACAGUUUUUCUUUGUUAUUUUAGUUUCAGCAAUUUUCUUGAGAUACUGGCAGAUAACCAGUGCCCUCAAAAAACUCAUUGAAUCCCACUACUCCUAAGUGAGAGAGAAAGUUUACUUUUUAAUAUUUUUGGAGGGGAGGGAGGGGGAGGGUCAGUAGUUUUAGCUGCUUUUUGUGGGAUAAAGUGGAAGGAUUAGACAGAUGUUACCUCCACUGUACCAUCACAGAAUGUUUAUCACCUUUGCUCUGUGGAUGUUCUCGUUUUAUACUGUAUGUACCUUGUAGCUUAUUGUAUUAGGAAGCAGAACAAUAAAUUUCACUAUAAACUCAG